AUGUCUUCCAAUUGGACCCAGCCGUCGUAUACACCGGCAGACGUAGACGAUUUUAUUAUCGCCGAUGACGACGAUGAAGGCUCUACCCAGCAUGGCAGUAGUGGCAGAAACGACUUAAACAGUACCAGUAACGGGAUCAACGCAAGUAAUAAUAACGGUAGCGGUGGAAGCAAUAUUUUCUCGCAGUUUGGCUUGUUGCCCAAAGUCGAUUUAUCACAGACAUUUGCCCCUUUCACAAAUUCAUCCAACUUACCGGGUAACAAUCGAGUCAGAGAAAGACAGUACUCUGGGGGAGACACCUUGGACGAGCCGGUAUGGGCCACUUUGAAACGUGACUUGCUCCAGAUAGCUCGGAGAUUGGGCAUUGUUAUCUGGCCCAUGCAAUUGGCCAAGUUAGCCAAGCAGCAGCAGCUGCGUUUAGUAGAUUUCGCUGCCAGCAAUGGAAUUACUCUUCCGCCGCUGAUUACCAACAAUCGUAGAAUCGACGUUAGCCAUACCCCUGAUGACGAGGAACAGGUAGCGGGCUUGGGCCUGAGUGUCUUCGUCAAGCAGGACAACUUAGAGUGGGACUUAUGGGGACCACUUAUCUUUUCGUUGGUAUUUUCGGUGACCUUAGGUCUCGCUGCUCCCAAACUGGAGACGAACCUGGUUUUUUCUGGUUCUUUUUCUUUUGUGUGGAUUUUCUUCAUAGUCAUAGGCUUGAACAUCCAGUUGUUGGGUGGAUCAAUUUCGUUUAUGUCAGCUAUCAGUGCUGCUGGUUACUCGAUGUUUCCUAUAGUUGUAGGUGCUCUUCUCUCCUGCUUGGUGUUGAAAUGGAAGCUUAUCCGCCUUGCUCUCAUGCUCGUGCUAAACGUUUGGUCUAUCUAUGCUGGUGUCUUGAGCUUGGAGUGUUCGGGUGUGUUGCCCGGUAGAGUCACCCUAGCCAUCUAUCCGGUUGCACUUAUGUACUCGAUCAUGAGUUGGCUAGUGGUGAUUACCUAG